CUAACAUAAAUCAAGGAUCUUGUGGCAUGGGAGAGCGGAGACAUCACUGACCCUAGAUCAAUCAAGGGCAUCGUCGGCGAGUUUGCUGCAUUAGUGGGACCUAGAGUCGCCGCAGCGGCCACCAUGGACUUCUCUCAAGAUUGAUAUUUGACCGUAAUCAGACAACCGAAAGUGUACCAACUUCACCACAAAUAUUCCACUUUUUGAGAGGCCCAAUGUGCAACGAUGGACGAUUGCGGAUGUGUGUGAUCCGCUGUGUCGUAGAAGUAUCCGGCGUUCGUUCACGACAAGACGCAGACGAACUUUCGGCAGUAGCUACUGUCUCAGUCCUUUCCUUUCCACCUACGGAAGUCACGACACAAAGCCGACAAGCCUGGCGUUGUCUUCUCUCGCAUUUGACAACGAAUAUCCCAAUUGCUACUAUUGCGGCAUCGUCCUUAUCAUCAACUGCCUUGCAUCUUCAGCCCACUACAUCAACAGACGUAUCAUAUCACCAUCAACAUCAUCAACGAUGGCUCCAGGAAUUCCGAACAACUACUACGACGUGGACGAGGACAUGGAUACAGAAGAAAGCAACGUCCGGAACCAACCUCAUCCUCCUCUCAACAGUCCUGUUCACCAAGCAUUACCCAUCAAUGGAGGCGCCAACGGAGGCACCCAGCAAGGACAACCCGCCGAUGCAGUCACCCAGCAAUUCGAUCCACUUGCCUCCGUUCCUCACUCAGAGUCCAUCAACCAAGCCCUGUACCAGGCUUAUCAGCUUCCACCACAUACACCUGCCAACCAACCCCAGCCCGCAAACCAUCAGGCUCCGGCCUUCACACCUUUCGGCCAACUCCAGUCUCAAGCUCAUCAGCUUCCUCCGUCCCGAAAUCCCGGCGUCUAUGUACCCUCCACAGUCAGCAGUGGCAUUGGCAGUUAUACAGCACACGGAAGUGCGAAUGCACAGCCACAUGACAGCAGCGGUCAGUCGUCGGACAUGAUACUACAUCCCGUUCAUUCUGGACCGGCUCGUCGAGAGACACAGGCUCAACAGAACGACUUGGUGGGAACGAUGGAUGACAUGAGUCUGGAUCCUCCCACU